CCGAAACUCAUCUAAUUAAAUUACGUAUCUGGUUUCUUUAGUUACUAAAAUGGGUGGUCAACUUAUUAGCACGAUGGCGCUGCUCUGCGUGGCCCUGUCACGCGCGACAACAGCCGAUAAUUAUCGGGUGGAAUUUCAAGUGCACAGCUUUUCCAAUCCGGCCAAGGUUUUAGUGGACGGUAAGACGACAUGCGCGCCUAAAGGAUUCUGCAGUUCGAAUGAACCAUGCGACCCUAAACUGUAUCGAGGAGUGGACAGCAGGCAAUGUCCCACCACUUCCGACCCAUGCUUCCAUCCGGCGGACAAUGAGAAGUACUUCGCCUGGCGGGUUUUCUAUUCGGCCUUCUGCGCCGGCGCGGGCCCAAUAUCGGUUAAUCACAAUUUCUCCGGUGACUUCUGCAAUACUGAUUUUAAAAAAACCAAACUGCAAGUGCUUGCCAAGCACCAUGAUGACGAAAUUCAGAAUUUCGACUGCUUUACCUCUGACAAGACCGGCGAUGUGGCAGCUGAUCAAAAAUCCGCAAAAUGAUUGUCGUAUAACUGGCGUGCUUACCGGAUUCCCCAAAAGGAAUGCGGACUGGAUGCGAGGAUCGCCAGUGAAGAGACACCUUACGACGUCUACAUACAUGGUUGGGUGGCCGUCAAUCCGGAACAGAACCGCGAUCCCAAUCUGGACUAUUUGGAUGCGAGCCCAAAAGAGAAGGUCAUUCUAGACGCGAUUACGGCAGCUUUCGAAAAGAAAUACGCGAAAAGCGAAAUAGAACUGGCCUACAGCGCCAGUGUCAACGGACGAGAUUGCAGCUCGGAAAAAUUGGACAUGACGACAAAGAGCUGCACUGCUUUUCAGUAUUCGCUUAGCGGCAAGAGUAAAGCCAACCAGAACGUUGAAAGCCUCGACAAGGAAUUUCUCGCUGUCGUAAAAGCAGCCGGGAUCCCCGGAGUGCUCAAUGUAUGCGCUGAUAAACCUUGCCGCGCCUCAGGGCGCGCGCGGUUCUGCUCAACCGAAGAAACCGACAAACAAAGGCUGAAUUAAUCUUUAAGACAGCCAUGUGAUCAUCCAGGUUUGUGAUUCAAGUUCGAUCCGCGACUGUGGCCCAACAUAUGCUCAUCAGUCAUC